CGUCAGGCGGCACAGUAUAAAUCUGUAUACUGAACUGGGUGGAGAGGCUUGCGUGGCUUUUUAAACCAAUCUUCUGUGGCCAGACAGCAGCAGCAGCAGCAGUGAGUCUGACUGGAAAAAAAAAACAAAUUGGACUGCCAGCGCUUUCGGACCUCACUGUGGAACCGGCGGCAGAACAAGCAAAGUAGAUUCCCAUAGAAGCGACAGAUCCCUGGCUGUCACACACAGAGGUGGGUUGGUGGGAGGUCUAUGACCCUUCAUUUUCAUCUGGAGAGAAGCAAAGCCACAGGAGGGGGGUUGGGAGGGAAGGAGAGAAGAAGAGGCGCAGGAAAGAAAAGAAGGUGGCAGGAGGCGCGACAUUAAGACACACGCUCCUUUUUCUUCCAUUCUUACAUCUCAUAGCAUUCCCCCCGGCAAUGUAGAGGCGCUCUUGCCGAGUGGAGGAGGAAGGGUCCCAUUGACCGUUGAAGGGGUUAGCUCCUCAGUCUAGGCAAAAGCAAGCCUUUCCAUUGCAGCUCUCAUCUCCCUCUUCCAUUCAACUGCUCCUUCUCGCUCUGUCUCUUCCCUCUACAUCUGUUAUUUUCCCUCUGUUUGAGGUUUUUAUCAUUGUUCGGCACACAGCACAGAAUUCUUAGGGCUUUCCCCUGUGCUUUUUGUGUCUUGCGAAAGUGGGUGUAUCAGGAGCUGUCGUUGUGUUCAGUUCCGCUAGAAAAGACAGCUGAUCAUGGUGAAGAAUAGAAAGGGAGUCUGAAAAGCAGAAAAGGAGGGACCCUGGGACUAUGUGAACAGCUGACAUUUCUGCACAAACCCACUGCGAUGAAAGAGGAAUCUUGGAAAACAGCUGUCAAACAAUUCCCAGGUAGCACUGUAUUAUUCUUUUAAUGUUCUCUUUUUUCUCGCAGUCGCCAAACAUUGCAAAGCAGUGUAACGGCUCUGCCUUGGAGGACUGUUACUUGGUUCAUACUGUUUUGUUGCUAAGCAAAGUCUUUAACCAAAGUCCUGCUGGUUGUGAGGAUCAAUGACAGCCAUGAAGGGAGACUCAGAGGAAAGCAUCGAGAGCAUCCGGCCCUCCAACCUGCAAGCCUUUGCCAACACCUCCACCCUACAUGGCAUGAGCCACAUCUUUGCCUAUGGGCAUAUGACUUUCCGCCGCUUCCUGUGGACUCUGUCAUUCAUGGGCUCACUUGGCUUGCUGCUCAUGGUGUGCAUGGACCGCGUGCAGUACUACUUUGAGUACCCCCACGUCACCAAGCUGGAUGAGGUGGCGGCACCCAACCUCACCUUCCCGGCCGUCACCUUCUGCAACCUCAACGAGUUCCGCUUCUCCAGGAUCACUCGUAAUGACCUCUACCAUGUAGGUGAGCUGCUGGCACUCCUCAAUGAGAACUACCAGAUCGCCAACCCGCACCUGGCUGAGCCUGAGGUGCUGGAAGCCCUGAAGGAGAAGGCGAACUUUGGCAACUUCAAGCCCAAGCAGUUCAAUAUGACUGACUUCUAUAAUCGCACGGGCCAUGACAUCAACGAAAUGCUUCUACAGUGCACUUACCGGGGAGAGGAGUGCUUCCCCACGAACUUCACUACUAUUUAUACAAGAUACGGAAAGUGCUACACAUUCAACUCGGGUUUGGACGGGAACCCCCUGCUCACCACGCUGAAAGGCGGCACGGGCAACGGGCUGGAGAUCAUGUUGGACAUCCAACAGGACGAGUACCUCCCGGUCUGGGGGGAAACAGACGAAACAUCCUACGAAGCAGGCAUCAAGGUUCAGAUCCACAGCCAAGAUGAGCCGCCCUUCAUAGACCAGCUGGGAUUUGGUGUGCCCCCUGGCUUUCAAACUUUUGUGUCAUGUCAGCAACAACUGCUCCAGUACCUCCCCCCGCCCUGGGGAGACUGCAAGUCAACCCCCAUCGACUCCGACUACUUCUCCACGUACAGCAUCACUGCUUGUCGCAUCGACUGCGAGACACGCUACCUGCUGGAGAACUGCAACUGCAGGAUGGUCCACAUGCCAGGAACUUCUACUGUUUGCACCCCAGAGCAGUACAAAGAUUGCGCUGAUCCCGCCUUAGAUUUCCUGGUAGAGAAAGACAAUGACUAUUGUGUGUGUGAGACUCCCUGUAACAUGACCCGGUAUGGCAAAGAGUUGUCCAUGGUGAAAAUCCCCAGCAAAGCCUCAGCAAAGUAUUUGGCAAAGAAAUUCAAUAAAACUGAACAGUACAUCGGGGACAACAUUCUGGUCAUGGACAUCUUCUUUGAGGCUCUGAAUUAUGAGAAGAUUGAACAAAAGAAAGCGUAUGAGCUUGCCGGAUUACUAGGAGAUAUUGGUGGACAGAUGGGCCUGUUCAUUGGCGCGAGCGUUUUAACAAUAUUGGAAAUAUUUGACUACUUAUAUGAGGUGUUUAAGGAUAAGGUACUGGGUUAUUUCAUACGAAAGAAAAGACCACAGCGCUGUCCAAGCGACAAUUUGAGCACCUGCGACACACUCCGGAGUCACUCGGACAGUCUCGGAUUCACGUCGAACAUGCUACCUCGUCACCCGACUGUAGGCAACUUCGAAGAGUUCGCCUGUUGACGACUCAAGCAGCAGGGCUGGGUGGGUUCAGGAAAACUAGGGUUAGACAGCAUACUGUGAAGUCAUAUAUUCAAGAAAACAAACAAAAAAAAUAGAAUACAAAACAAAAAACUCCAAACACAUCAGAAUUAUUCAAUCAAUCAAUGCCUGACAUACAAAUAUUAUUCUUUUCAUCAAGUCCAAACGAGUGACACUUCCAAACCAGAUCUCAGGUUUUACUGCCACCUGUGGGCAUCAAUGUGACACUACACGAUUUCAUUGCGUUUGUAUCCCUGCCACACUGCAUUUUAGUCGUUUCUUGCGGGUUGAUGACCCUGAUGAAGACAAAAUGCCACCAUGAACAAAAAGAGAUGAAUAAUUUCAAGUAGGUCUUCAUUAUCUUAGUUUAUUAUUAAUUGUGACAGGCAGAGGGUGCUCAGAACCCAUUUCCAUUUUUCAGACUUAAUUGACCUCACUGGGCUUUCACAUGUAGUAGGCGUUCUGUUACAAACUAGAAGAGUACCGGAAGUUGGUCUGGCCAACUUAUAUGAUCCGUCUGCUCAGUAAAAUCACAUAUUUGCCCAUAGCCUUUUGCACUCAUUGUUUAUUUGUUAUUAAAGUCAGAGUGUAGGUUCCCCUUUAUAACUAUACCAUCAUACCUCUCUUUCCCACCUUGCCAGUUUGAUCUUGAUUAUGACAUUUAGAAAGUUGGUUGCAUUAUAAUGCCAGGAUCAUUUUAUUAUUAGAGGUCAUUUUGUAUAAUGAAAAAGUCCAUGUUACUGAAAGUGGUCAUUUUGUGCAGCAAAACAGAUGGAGUUUCUAUACCAGUAUUUCUAUAUUGUAUGAAGGACCAACGCAGAAAUGCAGUAUGUUAAACUGUUCUAAAAGGUUGGUCAAAAAGCACCAUUAAUUUAACUACAUUGACAUCUAAUGAAACUCAAUUCCUCAAAAAUACUGUGACAUUUGCACAACUUUGAACUUUGCAAGGCAUUCAUUUUGAGGACAUUGACACAAAGCUGUCUCAUCUGAAACCACAACCCAGGUUUUGCACAACUACCCAUAUUUGAGUAACCUUAUUAUUUUCCCCCCUGGUAUCAUUCAGUGUAAAUUACUCCAUUUGGUAGUAUUUAGUCUGACUUGGCACAACCCAUUUAUAUGCUCUUCAGUUGGUUUUUCCUUAUUCCCACAAACAACUGCAGACAUUCAAAUAGACCACAAGUGUCUUCCAGUUGGCAUGGAGUCAAAUUUCUUUGACCGAUCACUGAGAACGAGAGCUUUGUUUUAGAUAGGCGGAACAUUACACAAUAGCUUAGAGCAAGCCUAGGAGAUAGCACCCAUCCUUCCCAUAUUAUUUAUUGCAUUUAUCUGCACUGUAUUAUUGCAUUGUUAUAUACAAUUGUAACAGGAUUUCUAGUACAUGUAUCACAGAAAACUAAAUUGUGGAGUGUAAAUGAAGUACUAUAAUAAACAAUAUAUUUAACCAUCUUGCUAUGUACAUAUCUUUUUAUCUAUGUGUCAGUCUAAUUUCUCGCAAUGUACUGCUCCAGUUUGUCAGCUUACUGCAGUAUUAACCUUGAUGUAUUGCUACAUUUCUUGUUAUAUAAGGUACACAUUAUAUGUUUGUCAUAAACACAUCACUGUGCUCUUUGAAAGACAUGGUUAAAAUGCCAUCUGUUUGGAUAAUGCCUAGACUGUUUAUCCUGUGUAGAAACUGUUUUGUGGGCGAAUAACACUAUGUGGAGACGUUAUUUUUUUUUCUCAUCUGCAGCAACUAUUCUGACUCGCCAUAUUACAGUUCCAAUACACAGUUAAGUGCUCUGAAUGUGUCCAGCUUUAUUGAAAGUGUAAGAGUCUCCAAUUUCAGUACUCUGAUUCUCAGCUGUUCGUGUACUGGAUUGUUUUGCAUUGCAAUCAAGUAUAUUUAUUGGAUAGAUUUUAGUAAAUUUAGACCUUGAGACUUAUGCCACUGGUCUUGUGUGAUUUGACUGGGAUCAACUUUUAAUGUUUUUUUGUUCAUAUAUUGAUUAGCGAGUAACCAUUCUGUAUGUCAAGGGAGCCAUUUGUUUACCAGGAUACAGCAAAAUUAAAAGUUCCAAAUCCGGUCAACAGGAUGUAGUUUUGUUACAAGCAAUAAAAUGGACAACCACAACAAAAUUAAGUGACAAUAGCUCUCCAGAGUUACAGUCUACUAUAAAAAUCAGCAAUGCUAUCUUGUAAUGCAGUCGUCAUCUGUUAGCAAAGGCUACACUUAAUAUGGCAUUUGACGUCUUUGUGUUCGAUCAGUAUACAGUUGUAUAAGUGAACAAAUGCAACAUGGCCCUAUAGAUUUGGAAAGAGAGGAUAAUAUGGUAUGUGUUCGACUGUAUUAAUUGUGUGUGUGACUUAAGUUGUUUACUCUGAGGUCACUGUUGAGUUUUGCCAACAGACUUUAUCUUGAUUUUUGAACACAAUCCCAUAUAAAUUUCAACAGCU